UGUUGACCAAUUUCCAAAGUAAACAAGUAGUUGCAUUUGUAAUCAUUAGAAAAAAAAGCUGAAAAAACGCCGCGGACCGUAGUGUUUUGAUAUUGUUGUUGUUGUUGUCGUGUCUCAUAUCUUUAAUCAUAGCAGCAAGCAUAAUAGAUCGCGUUGGAAAGUUAAUGAACUUAAGAUUGUCGGUAUUUUGUCCUGGUCGUGUGUGUGUGUAUGAGCGCGAAGAAAGUUAAUACUAGCACUAAAUAAAAGAAAAUGGGCUGUGCCGCAAGUUCGGAAGAUGAGCCUCAGCCAAAUCGGCCAAAGUAUCGUACAUGCACAGAUAUAUUUUGGCUUGUAUUAUAUAUUUUUUUCUGGCUAUUUCUGAUUGUUAUCGCUAUAUUUUCAUUUGUAUAUGGCAAUCCCUUGCGUGUUAUUAAUGGAUAUGAUUCGUUUGGCAAUACAUGCGGCGUAAAGAAAAAUGAAAAAUAUCCAAAUUUUCCACUUUCCGGUAGAAAUACAUUGGAUACCCCACAACUGUUAUACUUUCAUAUGAAGGACUUGAAGAAAGCUUUAAAAGUUUGCGUCAAAGAAUGUCCAACAAGAACAAUGAUGAAUCCGCAAGAAGUUUACAAAUACUAUACGGAAACACAAAAUCAUAUUUGUGGCUAUGAUUUUGAUAUGUCAAUUUUGGCAAAUGACAAACAGGAUUUGAAACAAUUGUUUAACGCAUUGGGCCCAUGUCCAAAUCUGCCAAUAUAUGAGAGUUCUCCUGUUUUACAUCGUUGUAUGCCCAAGGGUAGCAAUGCUCCCGUAAAGGAUAUGUAUAAAAUGCUGAAUUCAUGGGAUGCAGCACAACAAUUUCUUGGCGAUAUCUAUGCAACAUGGCACUAUAUAGCCAUUAUAUGUGGCCUAGCAUUUUUGAUUUCCAUUGCUUUGGUGAUAUUAAUGCACUGGCUGUCCAGCAUUGUUUCCUGGCUAAUUUGUACUUUGGUUAUAGUGUCAAGUGUAGGCCUAACAGGUGCUUUAUGGUACGUGUAUUAUUCGAUUAAACACAAAUCUAAAGUUGAUGUACAGUUUUCGUAUCUGGAAGAGUUCACCCGAAAUGAGCAAGCAGUUUUAACCUUAGCUGUAAUAGCAACUAUUACAAUGAUCAUCCUAAUAGUCAUCAUAUAUUAUUUGAAAAAUAAACUAUCCGGUCUUACCGCAUUGUUUGAGGAGUCUGGAAAUUGCAUGAUGAAUCUACCAGGAUUGAUUUUUGCUCCUUUAUUAGCAUUUAUAGUUUUGGCAUUGUUCCUAGCAUUUUGGGUAUUUGUAGUCAUAUGCAUAACCACAGCCAGUAGUCCAGGAAACAAUAAUCCAUUUGCUCCCCUAGACAAUACAGCUUCUCACUCGAAUGGAGUUGUUGUGAAUAGUACAAAAAGCUUUAUUCCCUUAGAAUAUACCGAGGCUAAAACAAUUAAAAGCAUGUUCUGGGUAUAUGUUGUUGGCCUUAUUUGGACUACGGAAUUCAUAUUUGCCUGUCAACAAUUUGCUUUGGCUGCCGCUGUGGCAUUCUGGUACUUUGAUAAACCCACAACCACACCCACUAUAUAUGCUAUUGGAAGACUUGUUAAAUAUCAUUUGGGCACGGUGGCAAAAGGUUCUUUCAUUAUAACCAUAUUCAAGAUACCUAGGCUUAUCUUAACCUACCUAUAUGCAAAAUUGAAGAAAGGCGAAGACAAAGGCUCCGAAUGCGCCGCUUGCUGCUUGAAGUGCUGUAUAUGUGGAUUUUGGUUACUGGAAAAAUUUAUACGUUUUCUAAAUCACAACGCCUAUACCGUUGUGGCUAUAGAAUCGAUUAAUUUUUGCCCAGCAGCUGGCAUUGCAUGGAAUGCUAUGGCUACCAAUGCUCUACAAGUGGCCACAAUUAAUAGUGUAGGCGAUUUCGUGCUAUUUUUGGGCAAAGUAAUGGUGGCAGCCAUUUCUGGUCUGAUUGGCAUAUUUGUGCUUAAAGAUCGACCCGGACUCAACUUCUAUAUGGCUCCAGUGAUAUUGAUCAUUGUAUUUUCAUUCUUUAUUGCCCAUAUUGUGUUAUCACUAUUUGAGAUGGUAGUCGAUACCCUUUUCCUAUGCGUAUGUGAGGAUAAAACCAUAAAUGGUCGCGCCGGACGUUGGGCCCAAAGUAAUCUAGCCAAAUUGGUUGGAGAGGAGCCAUUGCAACCGGGCGAGGAACCGCCAAUACAAGUUGUCGAGAUGAUGCCUAUUAAUAAACAACCAUUUAGCAAGGCAAAGCAAGCAAUGAUUGUACCUGAUGGAGCUGAAGAUACCAAUGAAUAAACAAGCAAAGACAGAUCUAUACACCUAAUAAUUUAAAAAUAUAUAACAAACAAAAGAAAAUAUUACUUAUCCAAGUUAUGGGAUAUAGGAAAGGAAUAUAUGUAUAAAGUACAUUGUUUUUUUGGAAUGCCUUGAAUUGUUAGCCGGAAGCUUUAUGGAACUAAACCGCACAAGUUUUAUAUACAUUUAUACCUAUAGGAUGGUUAAGAUAAAAAAUAUAUAAAGUUGCAAUUUUUUAAAUAUGCA